ACAGGUCGUGACUGCUCGUGAGCUUUCUGCUAAGAAUUCCGGAAACGAGUCUCAACAAGGAGAAGGAGGCUGUUACAUCCGCAUGAUCAUGCUGCGAACGCCAAUGGUCUCGCGGAGGAAUCGGUAGGCACGGUAUUCCCUCUUGUGCGUAGGAAAAUGGGCGAGUUUGGGGAAAGCUCGGUCACGCUGCGUGGGUGGUGAGUGUAUAGUAAAGGGCUGCCGCGGCAGUAUUUAGCACAGUCUGCAGUCAGCCUCUCAGUCAACCAACAGCCCAACCACAGCUAAAAUAGAGCUUUUCAGCACCACAGAACAGCGGACAGCUCCUCAAUAAGCGAACACUAUGGUUCUGAUCUGGACACAGUUUGGAGUGAAAACCAAAAAUGUAAAGUGCAAGGUCCGCGUUAUGAACAGGAAUGACAGCUCGGGCUCUUCAUCAGGGGAGAACCAAAAGGACCAAGAGGUUCCCGUUCUGUCCAAGCCUAUGGGGAAGGAUUUCUACAAGGUCCUGGGCGUCGAGUCUGACUCCAACGAAGAUGACAUCAAGAAGGCGUACAGGAAGAUGGCCCUGAAGUUUCACCCCGACAAGAACAGCGCUGCGGACGCCGCGGACAAGUUCAAGGAGAUUGCAGAAGCUUACGAGAUUCUGACCGACUCCAAGAAAAGGGUCAUCUACGAUCAGUUCGGAGAAGAAGGUCUUAAGAAUGGAGGCGGUGUGUCCAUGGCAGGCAAAGAGAACAACCCCCAUCACUAUAGUUACCACGGCGACGCCCACGCCACCUUCUCAACAUUCUUCCAGGGCUCCGACCACUUCGACAUCUUCUUCGGGCCCGACGGCGAGGAGGAGCUCUUCAACCCCUUUAACCGCUUCACCUUCAGCAAGGUUGAUGGUCACCAUGGUAACUACGGCCCCAACGGUGAGAAGCUUCGGCGCGGGCGUCGGCGUCUGCAGGGCGUGGCGGUGGUGCAUGACCUCCUGCUGACCCUGGAAGAGGUGUUCCAUGGCUGCACCAAGCACAUGAAGAUCACGCGGCGCCGCCUCAACCCGGACGGCCACAGUCUUCGCACUGAGGACAAGGUCCUGAACGUGGUGGUGAAGAAGGGAUGGAAGGAGGGCACCAAGAUCACCUUUCCCAGAGAGGGUGACGAGACGGCCAAUAACAUACCCGCCGACGUGGCCUUCGUCCUCAAGGACAAGAAACACCCCCACUACAAGAGGGACGGGUCCAACAUAGUCUAUACGGCAAAGAUCACCCUCAAAGAAGCUCUAUGUGGAUGCACAGUCAACGUGCCCACCCUCGACAACAGGACGAUGCCGCUACCGUGCAGUGACGUCAUCAAGCCCGGCGCCAUCCGGCGGCUGAGGGGCGAGGGGCUGCCCCACGCCAAGACCCCCUCCACACGUGGCGACCUGGUAGUGGAGUUCCAGGUGGCCUUCCCUGACAGGAUCCCUCCCCAGUCCAAAGAGAUCAUCAAACACAGCCUCACUGGGUGCUAACAUGCUAUGGUGCUAACGACCACCACAGCUAGCCAAUACAAUCACAGCCUUGCCAGGUGCUAUGACAAUCCAGCACAGCUUCUCCCUGUGCUUGGUUUAAAGACAAUGGCAGGAAUGGAAUCUUUAAACAAUAUAUAUACUUUUUUGAUUAUAGGCACUAUUUACAGGCAUAUGUAACAUCUACAAUGCCACAAGGGGAAAGGUUUACAGUUAAACUGGCAAAUUGACUCCUGAGUGUCUGGGCACGUUUCUGACUGACUGACUAGCCUUUCUCUUGAAUGAAAAAGGGUAGAGGUACUCUUACUAUGUUGCCUAUAUCAGGAACUUGGUAUGCCAAUAGAGUCAUUCGACUCAUUAGAGAAACCUGAGGUAGUUGAUUGUCACGUGGCAAAAUGAUUCUACCAGUUGUAUGGUGUUCAUAUGACUGCACUUUUACAUUGAUUUAUUACAAUAACAAAUAUGUACUUGUGUACAAGAGUGUACUUAUGUACAAACAUAGUAAUAACUGUCUCUAAAAGAGAUUCCUUUGUCAAAUGUUCAACUGAAUCAUUUGAAAUGUUUGUAUAUAUUUGUGCUUUAACUUAUACCAGAUGUUAAUGUAUUAUUCUAAAUUGACAAAUGGACAAAGAAAAGCAUGUUAAAUAAAUGAAAAUACCUGAAUUUUAACUAACGUUUUUGUGUUUCAUUAUCUUAACAUGUGCAGCAGUGGUCAUGAACUAUUAUUCUGUCUUAGAAUAAGCAUGUCCAUAUCACAAAAGUCAAUAUGAGAAAAAUGUGAAAUACAAUGAACCAAAA